GCUUCUUAUAAAUACUAAGUUACUUCUCAGUUGCAGACAGAGACUAGAGCAUGUGGUUGCUCUACUUACUGAGUGCAGCAGACUUCUUUGUGGGGGUCAUGCUAAGCAAGACCUGUAAAGACUAUGAUGUAGUUGACCAUCUGAAUAUUACUCAACGUGGACCCUUACUGUCAAUGACCAUGCCAAAAGAAGACUGGAGUAAACCACUCAUCGUUUCUGUUGAUGCAACAUUUAUUUCAAUUCAUUCUGUGGGUGAAAAGACACAGACUAUGACAACGUACUUCUGGCUAUCUGUGGUUUGGAAAAAUGAUUUUAUAUAUUGGAACCCAGAAGAUUUUUGCAAUAUAAGCCAUAUUACACUGCCGUUGUCCUACUUCUGGAUGCCAGACCUCUAUUUCCACGAACAAGUUAUUGAAGACACAUCUCCAUGGAUAAUAUAUGUCAAUAUAACAUCAGAUGGCAUGAUCAAAGCAGUGAAACCCAUGCAUUUAACAAGCACAUGCAUUUUGGAUAUCCAUUAUUUUCCAUUUGAUGUUCAGAAAUGUUCUACGUCCCUUACAAGCUUCAUGCACCUUGAGCCAAGCCUGAUUUUGAAAAUGCAGAAAAAUUUGUCUCAAAUAAUUGAACAAAGUAAAAAACUUUAUUUGGAUACUGGAGAAUGGUGCUUGCUGGACAUUUUAGUGGAGGAAGGCUCAUUAAAUGGCUACUCAAAGCUCACAUUUCAGGUAAUCAUGAAACGCAAAUCAAGCAUUUACAUGUUCAGCCUAAUUGUGCCAACUGUGUUCCUUUUGCUCCUGGACCUUCUAUCGUACUUCAUUCCCAAAUCUUAUACUGAAAAAGCCAACUUUAAACUCACAGUUCUCCUGAGCAUAUCAGUUCUGGCUAUCAUCCUUAAUGAUUUCCUGCCUGCUUCCACCAAUGCACCUCCAGUUGUUGUGAUGUUCUUUGUGGGAACCAUGUUGCUGAUGAUUAUGGGGAUCGUGGAAGUUAUCUUUAUAAUGUACAUUGGUGGUAAAGUCCAGAAAACAGAAGUGACUCCUAAGAGGAAAUGCUCCUUCUUUGAAGGACUUCUCAAGUGUUGCUCCAUGGAUGUACAACCAGUGGAUGAAGAGCUGGUAGAUGGGUAUCAUACUCCUUCUGUAUUGGAAAGGAUGCUUCAAGAUGUACAGUUGAUUAAAGCGUACAUCGUAUCGCUGCAGAACAAGGAAAAGCUGGAUGAAAAACGGGAAGAUACACAGGAGAGACUGGAGGUGUGGCUGUAUUACAGCCAUCUUGUGGUAGUUGCUGCAUUUUUUAUAACAAUAGUUAUCACUUGGACCACGUAAACAUUUUUGACUAAACCAAGGGGAUGCUUUAAUUUUGGUUCAAUAAACAUAAUA